AUGGUCUCCUUUUCGUGCGAGGCCUGCGGCGACGUCUUGACCAAGAAGAAGCUUGACCCUCAUCGCAACCGCUGCCACGGAGCUACCUUUACCUGCCUCGAUUGCAUGGUCCACUUUGCCGGCGUCCAAUAUCGCUCUCAUACGUCUUGUAUAACCGAAGAUCAAAAGUAUCAAGGCGCCCUCUACAAGGAAAAGAACAAGAAGCCCAAGAACAAGCCCGUCGACCGCCCGCCACCCAAGAACAUGGCCCUGCAACCAUAUGUGGAAGAUGUCGGGGAGGAUCGGGCAUACGAACCCUGGAACGACUCCGUCGGCCAUACCGAAGACGAGAGAUCGCCCGCUGAGCCGCCCCCGGAGGCUCCCACUCCACCCGCCGCUGCCCACGAGGAGCACGUCAACGUCUUCGAUUUCCUCGUCACCACCGGCCAGACGCCAAACUCGUCCAACCUCCACCUCCCCCGAGACCACGACAUCGGCGACGCCUCAUUGGUUCGCUACCAAUACCAUGAAGAGACUUGUCUUAUGGACGCCGACGACCAGCCCCUGGUCCAGUACGGCUCCGGCCCGGUGUCCGUCGGCGCCCUCGUCACCCCCGCACCCAAGGCCGCGCGGCGCAAGUCCAAGGAUGGCGAGUUGAAAAAGGACAAGAAGCGCAAGCGCCUGCACGUCGACGUCCCGGGUGACCAAGUCAUGACGGACGCCCCUCCCGUCCUCCACUCGGGCCUCACCGGCGGCCUCAAGGGGCUCAUGCGCGCCACGCUGCCGCCCUCUCCAGACUACUCUGGCGGCGACGUCGCCGACAACUCGCCAGCCAGCCCCCUCAAGAAAAGCAAACACGCCAAGCACUCCAAGAAUGGCCACAUCAGCAACAGCAUUAUGGACAUGAUCACGGGCGGCACCAAACACAAGACGCCGAAGAAAAAGUCGUCGCACAACAAGAAGCAGGUUCGGCCACAGUCCAAGGACGGCAAAGGGGCCAACCCCGACAGCCAGUUGGUUGUCUACAAUCCUCGCGCCGCUGCCUUUCUCAGCUUCGUCAUCAAGGGCCCCGAGAGCGAGCGCGGUUGCAGCAUGAACAAGGCUCUCAAGCGAUAUCACCGCGAACGCGAAGCCGCCGGCUCCAGCGCAGCAAAGAUAAAGGAAGAAAAGGAGCUAUGGAAGGGCUUGCGACUGCGCCGGAACGAACGCGGCGAGAUUGUCCUCUUCUCGCUGUGA